GCUUUCGUAUAUGAAAAAUCUUGCAUCCAUGACCUAAUAGUAAUCCUAACCUAUAUCUGCAACAAUCUUUCUACAUUAGCUCUGUUUGCUUUUCCUGUUUAAUUCUCUGGUGUCAUCAAUCAGGGAACUUGAAGAAUUGUAGAAUGCCUCCUAAUUUUUCCUUUUACAUCAUUGUCUGAUCAAUGAAACCAAAUUCGAUUAUCUUUAUAAUAAAAUUGAAAUCUCGUGUCAUUUCCAAGGCUAGUUUUUCUUAACUUGGAAAAUGCUGGUUGGGCGCAACAAGACAGCACUAGCUGUUGUUGCCGGCAUAAGUACUGGCGUUGGCUUGGCCCUUCUAACCAGUCAAAGUCGAACAGCAUCAAGAUUUUUCCUUCGGUACAUUUGUGCCUCUAAACAGCCUUAUUGGAAUAUGACAGUAAAAGUAGCGAGUAAUGAAAGCCAAUGUAUUGCAUUAGUAAAUGAAUUGAAAAGUGAUGUCAAGUUUACAAAGGUUCUUGGGUUUGACUGUGAGUGGACUCAAGAUGGCUCAAAACGAAAUCGAGUAGCUUUAGUUCAGCUUGCCACACUUGAGGGACAAUGUGGUCUCUUUCAAAUUCACCUUUAUUCAUCUGUUCCAAAUGUUUUACAGGAAAUAUUAGCAGACAACACUAUCUUAAAAGUAGGUGUGGAUCCUCUUCAGGAUGCCAAACAUUUGAAUACUGACUACGGUAUUCAGGUAGCUGGCACAUUUGACAUUCGACACUUGGUUGAAGGCAAAGUUGGUGGGCUUGCUGCAGUAGUGAAGUCUGAGCUAGGAGUGCGCUUACCCAAAGAUUUUCACAUUCGUGUAUCUAAUUGGGAAGCAAAAGAUCUGACUCCACUUCAGGAAACAUAUGCUGCAAAUGAUGCAUUAAGUGCAGUUCUUGCUUUUAAAAAUCUUGUAGAUAAAAAGGUCAAGGUCCCAUUUUUCUCAUCCAAAGAGGAACAAUGGCAAAAGGUUUAUGACCAUUGCAUGCCCUUGAUGGACCUUAUCUUCAUAGAAAAAAGAAAACCUGCUCAAACCCAAUCACCAGCUGACAAUGGUUUAUCGAAUUCGAUGCAAAGGCCCAAAUCUGGUCAGCCCAAUUCUACAAUAAUCAAAGGCCGUGGAAAACAAAACUAUCGAGCAUUCAGUCCUCGAAAGACACCUUUUUACAAUAAUGUUUUCAUGCUUGCACCUGAUGGUGAAGUCCUUUGCACUUGUGACCAGAAAAAAGCGGACUGGUAUGUAUCUAAAGGCCUAGCAACCAUAGUGGAAAGAGAACCAUUAAAAAUACAGCUGAAAUUUGAGCCUUCAGGUCGAAUCAAUGGACCAUCAGGUGAAUACUAUGCUUUAGAAAAGAAAAAUCAGUGUGUAGCCUGUGGGGAAAAUAAUAGCUAUGUCCGUAAAAAAAUUGUUCCACAUGAAUAUCGUAGGUACUUCCCUGAUUGUAUGAAGAAUCACCAAUCCCAUGAUGUUCUACUGUUGUGCACGCCAUGUCAUGCAAGAAGCAAUAUUGCAGAUCUUAGCUUACGCUUAAAGCUUGCACAGAUCUGCAAUGCACCUUUUCAUGCUGAUGAAAAUCUUAAAGUGUUGGAGAAUGGCAAAAACAAAUCGUUACGCUCUGCAGCUAGAGCCCUUUUAAAUAAAUCAAAUGAGCUGCCUGAAAGACGCCAGAAAGAACUCAUUGAUUUAAUUCAAGAGAGUUGCAAGUCAAGUGUUACACCAGAUCUAUUAAAUGAACUGAAGGAUAUAGACAUCACCGUUGUAAACCAAGAUUACACUCCCCAUGGUCUUUUAGUUGUGGAACAUUUUUCCCGAAACGGUGUUGAAGGACUCAUGAAUUUAGAGAGAAUCUGGAGAGAGCAUUUUAUUUCUGUCAUGGAGCCCAAGUUUUUGCCUGAUUUGUGGUCUGUGGAUCACUAUCAUGAAAAAAACCGUGAGUUGUAUUUUGAUUCUAAGUUUCUUGAUAGGAUUAAUAACAUUCUCUCUGCUAAAAGGAAACAAUAGUUGCAAUGUGGUGAUGUAUAUUGGUGAAGAUAAGGAUGAGAGGGAUAAAUAAAUGAGACAUAUUUUGUAGAGAAUUUCAGAAA